CUAAUUCUCAUGCUCCCAGACGCAGGACACUUUGACAAUGCUCUUAAAAAGUUGACUGCUAAGCGAGCUAAACUUCAGAAAACCAGUAACUUCAGACUGGUGCACUUAACUUUGCCCAAGAUCAAGAUCACCUUCAAGAUAAACUUUAAGCAUCUGCUUCCCAAAAUUAACUUAAAGCAUCUGCUUCCCAAGAUUGACCCCAAACAUACGCUGACUACCAGAGCAAGUUCACAGGACGUCACAUUGAAGGCUCCCCUGCCUAAUUUGGAGAGGAUGGGGCCAGCAUGGCUGUGGCUGCUGGGAGCUGGGAUUCUGGCCUCUGUCCACUGUCAGCCCUUUCCUGCCCGUGGAGAUAAGAGCCUGAGGGUGCCUGAAGCUCCCCAUGGUCAGCUCUCAGAGUCCUUCCCCGCCUACCAGAAAAUUACACCCACCCUUAUCAGCUUUGCUUUGCGUCUGUACAAGCAGCUGGCAGCAGAAACCCCAGGAAACAUCUUCUUCUCCCCAGUGAGCCUCUCCAGUACCCUGGCCCUGCUCUCUUUGGGGGCACAAGCUGAUACCCGGACUCAGAUCCUGGAGGGCCUCGGCUUCAACCUCACUGAGACCCCAGAAGCCGACAUCCACCGGGGCUUCCAGAGCCUAAUCCACACCCUUGACCUACCCAGCCCCAAACUGGAACUGAAACUAGGCAACUCUCUGUUCCUGGACAUGCAGCUGAAGCCUCAGCAGCACAUUUUGGACAACAUCAGGGAGCUGUAUGGAGUUUUUGCCUUUUCUGCCAACUUCACAAACUCUGAUGCAACUAGGAAGCAGAUUAAUGGCUACGUGAGCAGGCAAACAUACGGGCAGGUCGUGGACUGCCUGGAGGAGUUCACCCAAGACACUCUCAUGGUUCUCUUGAAUUAUAUGUUCUUUAAAGCCAAGUGGAAGCAUCCUUUCAAUCGUUACCAGACCCAGAAGCAAGAGAGCUUCUUUGUGGAUGGGAGGACCUCUCUCCGCAUCCCCAUGAUGCACCAGAAGGAAAUGCAUAGGUUCCUCUAUGACCAGGAGGUGGCCUGCACUGUCCUGCAGCUGGAAUACAGCGGAAAUGCCCAGGCCCUGCUGAUCCUCCCUGACCCAGGAAAGAUGGCGCAGGUGGAGGCUGCUCUGCAGCCAGAGACCCUGAAGAAAUGGGAUAAAUUGCUCCUCCCCAGCCUGCUGGAUUUGCACCUGCCAAAGUUUUCCAUUUCUGGAACAUAUAACCUGGAGGAGAUACUUCCCCAUAUUGGUCUCACUGGCUUAUUCAACUCAGAAGCUGACUACUCAGGAAUCACUGGGCAGCUCAACAGAACCAUCUCCAGGGUGUCACACAAGGCGACAGUGGAUGUGAAUGAGCGGGGAACCGAGGCAGCUGUGGCCUCCGGCCUCCUCUCCCAGCCUCGGUCUCUGAACGUGACGUCAGCCCCACACGCCCGUUUCAACCGGCCUUUCCUCCUGCUCCUUUGGGAGGUGACCACUGAGAGCCCACUCUUCCUGGGAAAAGUUGUCAACCCAGCUGCUGGGUGA